AUGGUGGUGAGCUUGCCGUUCUUUCCGACGUUAUGGUACUGGACACCGAGUGCUUUUUGUGGUUUCCACCGGCCAUUCGUGGGCCACCCCCGUCGGCAAGAAGCAAUCAUAUUUGCACUGCUAUGGAACGAGGUCGUGGUGUUUGGUGGUAGAACAGAACGAAACAGCCGGAGAACGGUACACAUUCUGGACACUGAUGACAGGAACUGGAAGACGGUACAAGCUGAAGGAAAAGCUCCCAGCGCUCGCACAUACGAUAGUGCUAUCGCUGUCGGCGACAAGAUUGUUUACUUUGGAGGCAAUAGCUUUUCCAACAGCUUUAACGUGGUGUACGUGUUUCAAAAGGAAGUAGAAGAGACGUCAUGUGAUCGAGUGUGGACUAGGUUCAGCGCCUAUGGUCGGUACGCCCUCACGAGAAGCGCAUAG